AAGGUGAGGGGAUAAUAUUGACAGAUUAGCUUCAAAUAAGUGCUUGUUCUGUGCCUGCUAAAGAGUGUACUUCUUUUAUUUAUGUAACAGAAGCGGGAACAUGAUGCUGAUGAGUGGAUAAUUGUGGAAACAUCUGCUAAGGACAACGCUGAAGAAACUCCUAAGAAAAUUAAUUUGAGUGAGUGUGGGCCUAUUAUGUUUAGGCUAUAUUUACCUGAGUAUUGGAAGACUUUAUAAACACAAGAACCACGACUUAUUUUCAAUAGUCACAAUAUCCGGGCAAAAAAUGUAUGGAUACUUAACCAUUUAUUCUAGAUCGUGCCUAGGCAAAGUGUUUCUUAUGAAAUAAAGUUGUGUAAUAUACUCAGGUAGAUUAGUAGUAUAAAUAUUAUCAUCUUGGCAUACACAUCAUCGCUCCUGUAGCUGGGUAUUGUGCAUGUGUGUCCUUUAACUAACCAUCACCUUCCACAUCAAUAUUGAAUCUUUUGCAUUUUCAGUUGUGAAAGUACAAUACUGGUUAUACUCAAAAACGUGUAAGGUAGGAAAUGUAGUUUCAGAAGGAAUCAUGGAAUCAAUUUAAGACUUGUGUUACAUUUUUGACUUUGACUGGUGUUUUAUUUUCAUUUGCUCCAUGGAUGGUGAGAAGUUUUCCUGCGACCACAGUAGGUCUAUGCUAUGGAGGGUGGCAUCCUUCAAAUUUGUAUACUCUGCCGAGGUUUUGUGCACUUAUCAUGUGCUGUUGUCAAAGAGAACAAAUUCAAAUGCUUUGAAUGUCUCUUGAAAUCCGGAUCUGAAGCAGAAAAUCCAGCAGAAGGAUCAGGGGACGAUGGAGGCCACUCACAGCAGGAGCACCAGGGCAAAUCAACCAGAACUGUUUAUCCAUGGGAGGGUGAGAGUAGUGCACCAAUCAUCAACUUCGCCCCUGGUGGACAGAAGUUCACUUAUAAGAAAUGUACAAUCAACCCUCAAGAUUGGUUAUCAUUGUCACCAUCUACCUACUUGAAUGAUUCAAUCAUUGAUAUCUUCCUAAAGAUAGUAACUUCAGAUGAGUUGAUUGCCAAAGAUGCUUCUGUAAAGUUAGCAAGUUGUCUAGCCCUUGAAAAUAUUUCUAUGGGCCUAGUUGGUCUUUUCUCCCGAGUCAAGAAGGACAACUGGAUUUUAAGUGAUAUAUGGAUUAUCCCUACUCACAUCAGGAGGAUUCACUGGAUCUUAUUGCUAGUUUUAAUUAAACAAAAGAAAAUUGUGAUCCUCAAUUCUAUGCCUUCUGAUACUCCUUCCCAUGAAGAGCUCGAGCAACUCCAAAUUACAAGAUAUAUGUUGGCAAUCAGCCACCUAGAAACCUUUGGAGCCGAAAUCAGUUGGGCCGACUGGACUUAUCAAUUACCUUGCGACAUGGACAAUCAAUCUAAUGGCUUUGAUUGUGGGAUUUGUGUCUGCCUCUGGGUCUGGGGCCUUUGCACUGCCACAACUCCUCCCUCUCCCACACAAAUCUGUGGCUUGUCCGAAAAGAUCAGAAAAUGGAUGAGGAAAUUCAUUUUUUCUAAGGCAGAGAAAGCCGGAGUUAACCCACCAGCUGCUCCACCACUUCCUGUACCUGCUCCUCAUAAAGAUGAUCUGGCAUGGAAGAUGUACGCCGACUUCGACAAGAAAGUGGCCUCUGGAGAGCUGGUAAUUGAAAAGCCAUGGACGACACUACAAUCUCCUCCAGUGUUCACCCAUGGCUGGGAGUACAAGGAGAUUGGUAGUGUCCUCACCACCCUCUGGAGAGCCACAGAAAUGUCCUGUGGAGCACUGCCAAAAUGUCUUGGAGUGAAAACGGACAUGUUCCAUUGUGAAGGAUGCCGAGAGUAG